AUUCAAAUUAGGAAGGAGCCCUGAAGAAGCAAGGCGAACCGAACAGGACUGGGAAAACAAGUCGGGGUCCGGGGUAACAUUACUGAAAAGGCCAAGAAGCUUCAGGGAAGUUCCCGAGAGACCGGUGAGGCCUUGGAGGCAGGACCCGGAGUCCAGCCAAUGGGAACUUCACGGGCAGGAGGCGGAGCUUGAGUACGUUCCUAAGCGGCCUUGCACUCUGAAGCUCUCGCAGAGGGAGUUCUGGCACCAAGUCUGAGCGCGGCGCCCGAGGUGAUUUCUAUUUGAUUAUAUCAGGAGCUGAUCUAUCCAUGAAGCAUCUUCAGUCGGCUCUAGCAAACUGGGAGGGAAGCUCCAGGAAACUGGAACAAAGAAGCCCAGCCCAAAAUCUGAAAAAGAAACCAUGCAGCUCAGUGAAAAGGACCCAGCAGAUAGCCAAGAAAGCGAUUUGGUGAAAAAGAAAUCGGACUGGUCCUGCUCGCUCAUCGUGGCCUCGCUCGUGGGCGCCUUCGGCUCCUCCUUCCUCUACGGGUACAACCUCUCGGUGGUGAACGCCCCGGCUCCGUACAUCAAGGCCUUUUACAAUGAGUCGUGGGAGAGAAGGCAUGGCCAUCCGACAGACCCGGACACUCUGACUCUGCUCUGGUCUGUGACCGUGUCCAUAUUCGCCAUUGGUGGACUCGUGGGGACGUUAAUAGUGAAGCUGAUUGGAAGAGUUCUUGGAAGGAAGUACACUUUGCUGGUCAACAAUGGGUUUGCGAUUUCCGCUGCAUUGCUCAUGGCCUGUUCCCUCCAGGCAGGCACCUUUGAAAUGCUCAUCGUGGGUCGCUUCAUCAUGGGCGUGGAUGGAGGCAUCGCCCUCAGUGCACUCCCCAUGUACCUGAGCGAGAUCUCGCCCAAGGAAAUCCGCGGCUCCCUGGGCCAGGUGACUGCCAUCUUCAUCUGUGUUGGUGUGUUCACCGGGCAGGUCCUGGGCCUGCCUGAGCUGCUGGGAAAGGAGAGCACCUGGCCGUACCUGUUUGGAGUGAUUGCUGUCCCCGCCGUGGUCCAGCUGGUGAGCUUGCCCUUUCUCCCCGAGAGCCCGCGCUACCUGCUCCUUGAGAAGCAUGACCAGGUGGCAGCCGAGCAAGCCUUCCGGACAUUCCUGGGCAAGGAGGACGUCUCCCGAGAGCUGGAGGAGGUCCUGGCGGAGAGGCGCGUGCAGAGGAAUGUCCGCCUGGUGUCCGUGCUGGAGCUGCUCAUGAGUCCCUUCGUCCGCUGGCAGGUCGGCACCGUGGUCAUCACCAUGGCCUGCUACCAGCUCUGCGGUCUCAAUGCGAUCUGGUUCUACACCAACAGUAUCUUUGGAAAAGCUGGGAUCCCUCCGGAAAAGAUCCCGUACAUCACCCUGAGCACGGGCGGCAUCGAGAUUUUGGCCGCGGUCUUCUCUGGCUUGGUCAUCGAGCGCCUGGGCCGGAGACCCCUCCUCAUCGGCGGCUUUGGGCUGAUGACCCUCUUCUUUGGGAUCCUCACCGCCACGCUGACACUGCAGGACCACGCCCCCUGGGUCCCUUACCUGAGCAUCGUGUGCAUUCUGGCCAUCAUUGCCUCCUUCUGCAGCGGCCCAGGCGGCAUCCCGUUCAUCCUCACUGGCGAGUUCUUCCAGCAGUCCCAGCGGCCGGCUGCCUUCAUCGUCGCGGGCACCGUCAACUGGCUCUCCAACUUUGCUGUCGGGCUGCUCUUCCCGUUCAUUCAGAAAAGUCUGGACACCUACUGUUUCCUGGUCUUUGCUGCAAUCUGCCUCACAGGUGCUGUCUAUUUCUAUUUCGUCCUCCCUGAGACCAAAAACAGAACCUAUGCAGAAAUCAGCCAGGCAUUCGCCAAAAGGAACAAGGCAUUCCCACCAGAGGAGAAGAUCGACUUAGCUGUAACUGACGACAAGAUGAUUGGGAAGCCUGAACCGGACUCCUCCACCCUGGACAGCUACGUCAAAAACGGGGUUGUGUAGAUGGAUGAUCGCACCGCUUCAGGAAACCAAAGAUUUCCUCUGAAUUUAACAUUUUUAAGUGUUUAAAAAUAAGCCUUUGCUAAUCUAACCCUGCAACCAUUUGGGCUUUCAGGAAGCUGGAAAGAAUUACCCCAUGUUUUGGCAGACCCAACAUUCUUCUGUAUAGGUCACCUGCCUUCUUCAUGACUUGGCCUAUGGCUUCAAAAUGAAAUUGGAGAAAUAGAAUUUGAAUGCUUUCUCGAAGGAGAACAGUAUGGCUUGACCGAAGGCCUGACGGACUGGAACUCACAGGCUGAACCCUAGUCUCAGCCCUUCUCAUAAGUAGCCUUGAGCUGCCCUUGACCUGGAUCCUGAAGCCUCAGUGGACCCCUGGCUUUGGUCCUGGAUGAAGGUUUCAGAAUUCAGUGGGGAGACUCCCCCAUCUCCUAAUAAAUGCCUGUUUCCAAUCUUUGGCUCUGCCUUUUGGAUCUCAGGCUCAGGAGGGCCUGAAACCAACCCACCGUCCUCCAGGUUCUGCUUUUCCCGGGCUAUGUGCCCGUGGGGCUCAAGACCUCCAGCCCCACAACAUCUUCACAUCAGAGUAUCAGAUGUGUCGUAAAAGGCAUAGAGCGGGUCAAUAUGUGGAAAACCUGGAGAGGCAGAGGUAUGAAGUCACUUUCCAGGAGCAGGGCCAGGGACUGCAAAUCAAACUCUGAUCAUUUGAAAAAACAAUAUUAAGAAUAAGAGUAUUAAGCUCUGAAGCUAAACCUAGACUUGGAGAGGAAGCACAUUGUGACUGAUUGGUGAUGUCUGCCACAGGUGCAAGAGUGGGAAUGUCACAGAGGCACCCCAUGUUUGCCAAUCAUGGAGGAGAUUUAUGCGAAAGAUAGUGUAUUGUGGUUCUCCAGAGGAAAAGAAUAUGUAUAAUUUGUUGUGAGGAAUUGGCUCAUGUGAUUAUGGAGGCUGAGAAGGCCCACAAUCUGCCAUCUGCAUGCUGGAGAUGCAGGAAGGCUGGAGGCCUGAGAAUCAGGAGACCCUGUGGUGUGAGCUCUUGUCCAGGUCCAAAGGCCUGAGAACCAGGAGCCUGAUGGUGUAAGUUCCAGUCGCAGGGCAAAAGAAAAGCGAUGUCCCAGCUCAAGCGGGCAGGCUGAGGGCAAAUCUUCCCUCCUCUGCCAGUUUUCUCUUCAGGCCCUCAACGGGUUGGAUGAGGCCCACCCACAUUGCAGAGAGCAAUCUGCUUUACUCAGUCUACAAAUUCAAAUGCUAAUCUCAUCCACAGGAACCCUCACAGACCUGCCCCAAAGUGGUGUUUAACCAGCUGUCUGGACAUCCCAUGGUCCAGUCAAGUUGGCACAUAAAAUUAAGCGUCACAAGUCCACCCCUUGUCGACUUGGCACCUAUAUACAUCUCCUUAAAUCAUACUUAAUCUUCAAAUAAAGACAAUAAUGAGGUCGUAACUCCACCUAACGUGAUACAACUAUCCUGCCUACAACUGAAAACAUAUUAGCCCCUUCCCCCAAAAGGAGAUAAAGUCCUUGAGUGAGGUUCUCUUCUCCUUGAUAUCCCAUAACUUAAGUACUAUGAUGUAAAAUUAACAAACUUGAAUUUUAUGACCUAAAAUCAACACAUCUUGUGUUACAUGGUAAGGGAAUAAAAGAGGAAAGAAAACAAAGAUAUUGUUAGAUAGACAAACAGAUACACAAAGUAUUCAUAACAAAAUAAGGAGGAAAUCCUCAGGACAAUUACAGUCCUCAUUUCUAUAAGUGGUCAUGUGGUCAUAGCUGGUGUUGAUAAACACCUUCUUCCACUAGCCACUCUGCGUUCCUUUUGCCUUCAGCAAGCACCUCAGCUGGUCAUGGUUCUUUACCUGGUGGAGUGACCAAAACCAUUCUUGAAGGGUCUGGGCUGUUAGUAGUCCUGCCUGAAUUAGAUUGUUGUAGUUUUCCAUUUCCUUUAAUCACAGGGCAUGGUGAUACUGAGAGACGCCCAAAGGGAUCUCCUGUGUCCCAGACACACUCUCCCUUCCCGCCAUUGUGGAGUAGCAGCCAAUUUCCCCUUGGUAGUUAGGAUCACUCGCCCCAGCCGGCACAGUAACUCCCUUUCACUGUUUGCACCCAUGACCCAGUCAAGUUAACGUGUAAAAUUAACCAUCACAGACAGUGAGUUCUCCAUUACUCACAGUGCUCAAGCAAAGGUUGAGUGAUUGCUUGUCUUGACUGUUGUUGUUAGGGAAAUCUGUGUCAAUGUUGGAAGAAGUUGCUAGGAGUAGAUAUGUUUAAGGACUCUUCCAACCCUUAUGUUCUAGGGUUGUUUGGGUCGGAACAACUUGCAGCGUGCCGUGAUAAUGCCUGCCUUGUGGGUUGGGUGAUGCCCUACACUUGCCUCCAGAAUGAAACAAACAUAAGUGCCCAUAUGUAGAUGAAAGUGCAUGUGAAUUAGCACCUGUGUGUUUGAAUUUAGCAUGUCGCAGUAGGAGUGGAGCCAGAGGGGAGGGGAAAGGCUCUGGACCUAGCAACCCCACUGGAAUCCCUUCGUUUUUUUCUGACCAUUCUGGACAAAGGCAGCCGUGCCAAAAUCUGAGUUCUGAUUUUCCUCUCCUACUGAAUAUUUUUUCAUCACUGGUCUUCUCCUUUGGUUGAUUGCCAGUUCAGUACACCAUAGCAUCCAGCUUUGGUUUGGCUGAAAAAUUUGGACAGUGUUUGUCAAUAUGGUGAGAAAGUGAAAUGUGAGUACAAGAAGUACCUGAGACCAAAAAGGCCAAAUAAAGUAUAAAAAGAAAUAGGA